CAUGCUUCCCAACCACCCACACAAACACGCUGGAUAGUGUCACGACAACACCACACACCAGCUCUCCCUCGCUCACUCUCCCUCGCUGUCUGCAGGCUGCUCGACUCUUCGUCGAACUAACAAUUUGCUUGAUGAAGAAGAACCGAGGUUGACCAACCUUUGACCAUCAGUUGCUCAGGGACACGCCUGCACGCCGCUCCCCACACUGCUCCCCCACACUGCAGACCACAACCAUGCCGGACGACUGUGUGCGUGGACGAUGCAGCGGGGCUGCCUUGCACUGCCACUCCCGCCGCCAUCAUGUCGUCCGCCGCCUCUUUGCUGUGGUGUUUGUUCUUACCGUCCUUGCAGCUGGCUCGGUGCCGGUGCGGGGCCAAGGUGCGUGCACUGUGCAGGGCAAGAGCGCAUUGUGCACGUGCUACGAGGAUGGCCAAGACUUUGUCGUUGACUGCAGAAGUCAUGGACUUGCUGCCGUGCCCGCACACAUACCCAUCAAUACCACAAUCCUGAGCUUGUCAAACAACAAGAUCACGUCCUUGCCGGGGCGCGCCAUGCAGAACCUCACCAACCUCCACACCCUCUAUUUGGAUGACAACGGGCUUGAGACGGUGGAUGCCGGCGCAUUUGCUGGCUUGCACAACCUUGCCAUCCUCUCCAUUGUGGACAACGCCCUGAGCAAGCUGCCGUUCUUGGCUGAGCUGCUGCCCCUCCGCACUCUUGAUCUUGAGCACAACCGCCUCACCUUUGUUGACAUGGGCCAGUUCACCGACAUGUUCACCCUGGCCACCCUCAACCUCGGGCACAACCGCAUCACAGGCCUGGACGAUAUGGCGUUCGACCACGCCAACCUCCGUGCCCUUGACUUGUCCCACAACGACCUGUCGUUCAUUGCCCCGCUUGCAUUUUCGGAUGCACCACAUCUCAGCGAAUUGGACCUGAGCUCCAAUCGCAUUUCAGUGCUGGCCCCAAGCGUGCUUGAUGCCUUGCAUAACCUCACACACCUUGACCUGUCUGCCAACGAUUUGACGGAGCUGCCACCGACACUGUUUGAUACCCAAACGCGACUCGCCUCCCUGAGACUGGCCGACAACCGGCUGGCAUCGUUUUCCAUUGACGUCAUCGGCAACAAUCCACUCAGCAUCCUGCGACUGAACAACAACACGCUGGAGACGCUGGCGUACAACAACGACACGCGCUGGGCCAACCUCACACAACUGUACUUGCGCGACAACCCGUGGUACUGCUGCGGCAUGGAGUGGUUCCGGGACGCUGUUUCCAUUGUGCAAGACCUCCCCUUUGUCGCAUGCGCCGCCCCGCAAAGGGUGGCUGGUCACCUCAUCGCAGACACAACAGGGCCAAUCACCAUCUGCACCCGAGUUGAUCCUGAUGCGCCAUCCACACUCAACGUGACAUCGGCAGCACCGACGAGUGCCACCGCUGCGUGGCCGCGGCCCCACGGCAACUUUGCUCCCAUCGACUACUACACGCUCGAUGUUCGCCUGCACAACACCACGGACGCGUGGCUUCCCGUCACCUGCACCAAUACCUCGUUCCCUCCUGGCGACACGCGCGCACCGCUCCCGCACAACCAGUGUCGCUAUCUUGAUCACGAGCCCGCGAGUAUGGACGAGCUGGCAACACCGCUGCACGCCACAAUCACGGGCCUGCUUCCGUUCACCGCCUACGACGUGCGUGUGCGCGCUGUGCACGGUCGCGGGGUGAGCGGGUUUACAACAGCAGGUGUUGUGACUGCGGAGGAUGUGCCGAGCAGACCCGCCGCUCCGCUGGUGCUGGAGGUGCGGCAGCGCGCCGUGCGGGUGAACAUCAGCGCCCCGACCCCCGCCAACGGCCGCAUCGUGGCGUACGAUGUUCGCAUCGUGGAGACGCGCAUGGAAACCCCUGGUCGCCGGCCCCUCAACCGCGUCAUCACACUCACCACCAAUGGCACCAACACCAACACCAACACCAACAACAACAACAACAACAUCAACACCACCAGCAACACCAACGCCAACGCCAGGGAAUACACGAUCAGUGACCUUCGCCCGGCCACGCCGUACAACGUGAGCGUGCGCGGUGUGACGAGUGCAGGGGCCGGGCCGUUCAGUGCACCUGCGCUGGUGACGACGCUGCCGGCUGCACCGGCGACAGCGCCAAGUGUGGUGCAUGUGCGCGUGAACGCGACGGCGUGCCUCUUUGAGUGGCUGCCGCUCGCCAGGAACGACACGUACGGCCAGGCGCCAGUGUACACGGUGUACGCUGUCGUGGUGGAAGGGGUGCAGCUGGCAACACCGCAGGUGCUCGCCACCAUCAACACAACAACCACCAACACCAACACAUUCAAGCCGAACACCACCGCCACCAACACCACCAACACUGCCGACAACGUGUAUGUGUGGACGAUGCUGGAGACCAACAGCACGUAUGCGGUGGUGCUUUCAGCCAACACAACCGCCGGCGAAGGCCCGCUGUCUUUGCCGUACACGUGCGUGCCCAACCCCACACCCCCGCCACGCCCACUGCCACCGACCAUUGAUGUGCUGUGCGCGGACCGCGUGCGCGUGUCGUGGCAGCCGCCGGCUGAGCGGAGUGUUGACGUUGUUGACCGCUACGAGCUGUAUCGCGGCGACACUGGGGCGCGUGUGUACGCGGGUGCAGAGACGAGUGCUGUUGUGGCGGACCUUGUGCCGGGCGCAGCUGUCUCCUUCUUUGUCAUUGCCCACGCAGCGCUGCCAAGCGAACCAAGCGUGCCAGCCAACGUGACCAUGCCCAGUGGAGUCCCCGAUGCAGUGGAUGGUGUGAUGGCGCUGAACGCAACAGCGUACACGCUCAAUGUGACCUGGACGCCUGCGUCAUCGUGUGCGGCGCCAGUGCAAUCUUACCUCGUCUUCCGCACCAGCGUGCUACAGCACAUUCCCUACUACCCGACCAUACAGGACAACACGACACUUCUGGUGGGAAUCGUGCCUGGGAAUGUGACGGGACUGGUAUUGAGUGGUCUUCGCCCCGCCACCACAUAUUCGCUGGUUGUGCGCGCGUUCAACAAGUACGGCGGAUCAGACACACGCCUGCCCGUCAACCUCACGACCGCAGAUGCACCGCCAUCAUUUCCCGGGACACCCUCGGUCGAGGUGUGCACCAACCACUAUCGCGAUGCUGCCAACGGCACGUGGGUGGCGCGCGAGGAGCAAGUGGUGCGGUGGACCCAGCCUGUAACGCCAAACGGAAACAUCACCCGGUACGAGCUGUGGCAUAUCAACAAGGACAACGACGGCGGCACCUUGCUCUACGCCGGCCACCCAGGACACACCUUGCAAGUCACCGUUCCCGCUCGACCCCAACUGGACCCAUCGACGCUGGUAGUCAUCGCGUUCAACGCAAUGGGUGCCAGUCCCUCACUCAUGUAUCCGGCAGCUGCGACCUCUGAAACAUCGUCGCCGCCCUAUCACCGUACCACUGCGGCCCUGUCUGGCGUGCUGGGAGGUGCGGUUGCCGUGGGCGUCGUUGUGUAUGGGCAUUGGAAAGUGACCAAAACAAGUGGCCGCAUGUCACCAGCACCUUCAAACAGCGAGGAAACAGAGGCGGAUGCUGCUCCUUCUUUAAACGACCGCACCACGUCUGCUGACUCCGGUGUGGACAGCCAGCGGACCCUUGCAGGAGGAAGGACGACGAUACAAGAAUGUCCACGCUGACUGUGGACUGGAGUGAUGAAGCAGGAUAUGAAUGACAUGAGUUCUUGUG